AAUAAAAUGCUAAUAUACGGAAUAAUAAUAUUAAGUUUUGCAGCAUUUGAUGCUAAUUGUAAAGGUUUCAAUUGUUAUUCUUGCCAAGGAGGAUUUAAAACACGUUGUGCAGUUAUUAUUGAUGCAGGCAUGUGGAUUUAUUGCAGAGGCAAAAAUGCACAAUGCUACGAGUCCAUAGAAUAUUAUCAAGGAGAUGUUAUUAAAUACGUUCAUCGACAUUGUUGGGUUCCUCCACCAGGAAGUAAUACUACAAAUUAUUGCGACGCCUGGAAUAACCCUAAUGGUCAACAGAUUUACUGUCGAUCAUGUAGGACUAAUUUAUGUAAUACACAUUUCUUCAACCCUAACAACAACAACGGUAAAAAUGGAUGGUUUCUUAACACUACCAAUAAUAACCCAUCAAUAGCCAACGAGUUAGUGUUUUAAGAGAAAUUUCGAUUAGUUGAAUAAUUCAUAUGUUUAUAAUUUAAUAAAAACUUUUUGAAAUAUUGUUUACAUUCCAUGAGUAAUUAUCAAAUCUUACGUAUAUAAAUCGUUUAUUUUGUGAAUAAG